AUGCUAUACUACAUAUAUCCCACCUCGCAACGUGUGGUCAUUGAGCGUCCAUCCACCUUGCAAAGCACCCUGACGCUUGAUGACUACUUGCAGUUGCAGCUCCUUUUGCGGCAUGAGCAACGGCGUCGAUGUGAAGAACGAGAACAACAAUAUCGCGUUACUCAAGCAUUGCAUAAUCUCAAGGUGCUCAAGGAGCAUUAUCGACGUGAACGUGCCCAACGUAUUCAACGACUUAUGGAUCAUUAUCGUCGCAAGGCUUUGAUGUCCGCUGCUGCUCAACAAGACGCUGUUUAUCGUCAAUGGCUUGCAUCUGCUUUAGAGCAACGCAGAUCAGAAGAGAUUUGGCGACAAUAUCAAGCUGCUCGUCAAAGCGAACAACAGCAAAUGCUUCAACAACAGCAACAACAAGAGGAGGAGCAAGAAGAAAGUGAUGAUGAAUCUGAAGCUGUUGAAGAGGACAAGGGUUUUGAGGAUUUCCAUGCCAACCAGUUGGCCCGUAUACUCAAAUUAUUGUUUGGACAGCAAGAGCAAGAAGAUACAUUACAUCAACAAAUGGAUGAAGCUGAGAGUGGUGCUUCUGAAGAGGAUGAGGAAUCACAGGCACAUGAUUUAUGGAAUUACAUCUCUACACUUCAACAACAACAACAACAACAAGGGGAUGAUGACUAUACGAAUGAACCCUCUGAUGAAGAAGAAGAACAAGAGCAAGAGCAAGAGCAAGAGAAGAAGGAGGAACCAAUGGAUGUAUCGUCACCCGUAGCAGAGCCGGUACAAGAAUCCCAACCAGUGAUGCAAGAUAAAAAAGUACCAUCAACCACACCAAAAGCCAUUGCAUCCGAACCUGAAGAUAAAUACGAAGACAUCUUGGAGAGCUGGCCAAAGCAACAACAGCAACAACAAAAGGAACGUGAACCAGUUUCUGUCACGCGUGAGAACGCACCCAUGCCUCAGGCGACAUCAUUGCAGCAAGAACGACAUCAUGCACCAUCACCUGAUCCACCAUUGCAGGGUCGCGUGCUCAAUCUCAAAGAUCUACUAGACGAAUUGGUGAGUAAUGAGCAGCAGCAAGUACCAGAAGCGUGUCAAGAAGAACAAGAGCAAAAGCCCGCUUAUGCACCCAAGCAUGUUGUUACACCUGCUGAACCCGCCACAUCCAAUAUUGAAAGUGCUUCUUCGCAACAGCAACAACAAUUGAUGGAUGAUGAAGAUCCACCCAAUACAACACCAACAGCAGCAGCAGCAGCAGCUGAUCCUACUGCUGCAGCACAACGUGUACAUGAAAUAGCAGAACAACAAAAGCGAAACUUGCCACCUUCUGAGCCUGUGAUUCAACAUCCAGAGUUGCUUCAAGUUCAACGUGAAUUGGAAGAUAUGGAAAAGGAUCGCCUUCCUACCGUAUUGAAAACACCUUUGCAAUUCAAACCAUCCGAACAAGGCGGCACUCUUCAAUUGACAGCUACCACACCCAAUAAUCGUGAAUUCCUUGGCUGCGAGGAUGCUAUCAUGCGCAUUAUGAUCAAGUUGGAUACAAUCGAAUCACAUGGAGAUGAAAAGAUCAGAAAUCAACGUCGUUCUCUUGUCAAGCGUGCUGAAGGCAUGUUGGAGAAAUUAGAUGAACACAAGGAGCAUGAAUGGCAACGUGCUAGAGAACUUACAGCAUUGAAAAACACCAGCUCAGGAAAAAAGAAACAUCACAAACAACGCCAUCGUCGUCACCAUCCAAAGCAACCAGUCACUGUUGGAUAA